AUGGUCAUCUGCGUAGUCGUUAUUUUCCUGAAUACCGUCACCUAUAUUGCUAUUCGUCGUCGAGAAAAGAAGUUUUCGAAAACAUCUAGAGGAGAUCAGGUGUCUGCGGUGAAGAAAAGCACAAUCUUCUAUAUGCAGGCAAGCACUACUGCUGUUAUAUUUGUUGUAAUGAUGUCAUCUUAUCAUAUGAUUUCUCAUAUUGUUUACUACAAAUGGGCAAAAUUCUUGACGACAACUUUCAUGUGGAACUUGACACAUGCUUCGGCAGGUUUCGUGGUAUAUGUAUAUCACAAGGAAUUUCGUCCUCUGAUGCUUCAUCCUUGGUUAUUGCUGAGCAGAAAAAUAGAAUUUCAAGGAACGUCCUUUCCAACGCUUUCCAAAGCGUACAACAACAGUAACGAUUAA